CGCCGUCGAACUCCAGCGAAGAAGAAGAAGCAUCAGAUCUACAAACAAUGUGUGCCUCCAUUUUGCCCUGCGCUAAUCUACUGUGAUGCUUUAGAGAUCAGAGAACCGAGCUGCUGUUUACUGCCUGGCUGCCUGCGCCAGUUAAGUGGCUACGUGUAAUUCAAGGGGGAAAAUGGCAGAUAGGAGGAAUAAUAAUGUUCCCAACACCACCAGUGCUAAUCUACUGUUCAGCGGCGCUCCGGAGUUUAACUUCAAUCUGCCCUUCAUGCCAGUGAGUCAGGCCACCGGUCCGGCGGUGCUGUCCGGAGAUGAUUCCACUGAUGUUGGAGAAGAAGACAGCUUUCUAGGUCAGACCUCUGGGAAUGGGCCAGCCCCCUCCACAUUCAACUACUUCUCCAGCCCCGUGACCAGCAGUGACCCGUUCGCCGCCAUCGGCCAGUCGCCAUGCCCGCCGCCAUCGGCCCUGUCAGCAGCCCCGACAUCAGCAGGCCCGGUGUCUGUCCCCAGCAGUGUCAGCAUGGCUCCACCGCCCCAUCCAGGCUCACAAAUGAACCCCGCUCCUCCUCCAGCGUUCGGCGGCGCCGCUUACCAGAGCCCUAUGGGGCGUCACACUCCUCCCCCCGCCACAAUGACCCCACCACCUCCUCAGAUGCAGCCACAGAGUCAUAACCCGUACCGACACACCCCCAUCAGCAGCAGAGCUAGUCCGUAUAUGCCAGCUCCAGAGGUCCUGCCGCCAACACACAUACCUCAGCAGAAUCCAUACUCUCUUGGCUCUCCGCCACAGACAUUCCCGCUGUCAGGACCCACAUUCACAAAGCCUGCUCUUCCUACACAUUAUCAAGCGCCUCCGCCUACAGCCUCCACUGCUGGAGUGAUCGUCCCUGCAGGUCCCAUGAUGCAAUACAACUACAAUGUCUAUGAGCCUGUUCAGCCUCACUGGUUCUACUGCAAGCAGGUGGAAUCAAAGAGCGUCUGGCUUCCUUUCAGUAUCAUUGACUCCCUUCAGCUAGAGGAGACGUAUAACUCAGUUCAACCAGACCCCGAAAAUGUGAUCAUACGUACAGAUGGAGGUCGUUACGACGUGCAGCUCUACGACCGCAUGCGGACUUCAGUGUACUGGGAAGAGGAGCCUACUGAGGUCCGGCGCUGCAGUUGGUUCUACAAAGGAGAUACGGAUAGUCGCUUUAUUCCUUACUCUGAGGAGUUCAGUGACAAGCUGGAGGGAGAAUAUAAGAAAGCCGUGUCUACCAACCAGUGGCACCGUAGACUGGAGUUCCCAUCAGGAGAGACCAUUGUCAUGCACAAUCCAAAGGUGAUUGUGCAGUUUCAGCCCUCCUCCAUGCCGGAUGAGUGGGGCACAACUCAGGACGGGCAGACCAGGCCCAGAGUGGUGAAGAGAGGGAUUGAUGAUGACCACGAUGAAGUGCCGGAUGGUGAGCUCCCAACGGUGGAUCAUCUUGUGUUCAUGGUUCAUGGAAUCGGUCCCGUGUGUGACCUGCGGUUUAGGAGCAUGGUCGAAUGUGUGGACGACUUCCGCAGUGUGUCACUGAAGCUGCUGCACAGUCACUUUAAGAAACCGCUGGAUGAACACGCCAUCAGCAGGGUGGAGUUCCUCCCUGUGCAGUGGCACACGGCUCUACAUGGAGAUGCCACCGGGGUGGACAGGAGAAUCAAGAAGAUUACGUUGCCCAGCACUGGACGUUUACGUCACUUUACAAAUGAGACUUUGUUAGAUGUGCUUUUCUACAACAGUCCCACUUACUGCCAGACCAUCAUGGACACAGUUGCCCAAGAGAUUAACAGACUUUACGCCCUGUUCCUGAUGAGGAACCCAGACUACAGAGGAGGCACAUCAGUGUCUGGACACAGUUUAGGUUCCCUGAUUCUCUUUGACCUGUUGUCAAAUCAGAAGAAUGUCUCUACUGCACUGGCCACGCCAAUCAUACCCACUGCUAACGGAGAAACCAAACAGGUGGCAGCACCCGUUAAGCAGGAAAUUACUGCCGUCACCCCUCCAGCUGUGGAAGAGGAGCCCAAAGAAGACGGGGAGGAGUUUGAGGAUCUCUCUGCAAUGCUGGAAAAUCUGGGCUUGUCGGAGUACAAAAAUACCUUCGAUGAGGAGAAAAUUGACGUAGAAUCUUUUCUCAUGUGCACAAUUGAGGACCUGAAAGAGAUGGGAAUCCCGCUGGGUCCCAGGAAAAAGAUCGGCAAGUUUGUCAAAGAAAGAGUGAACAAGCAGGCUGCACGUCAGGCCGCCCAGGAGAAGAAAGCAGAGGUCAAAGAGGUCAGUCAGGUUUCGGCGCCCCCGCCAGUCGUUGAAGCUCCCCCUGAUCCCUCUGUGAAGACGCUUCCAGUCGGCAACAGCGUCUCCGUCCCCGUCGACUACAACUACUUUGAAGUUGGCACUGGGCAGGUGUCAGUGGUCUACCACGCUCUGGACUUUGAGCCGAUGAAUUUCUUUGCUUUGGGUUCUCCGAUCGGCAUGUUCCUGACGGUCCGAGGACUGGAGAAAAUAGGAGAGACGUUCCAGCUGCCCACGUGCAAGGGAUUCUUCAAUAUCUACCAUCCGUUGGACCCAGUGGCGUACAGGAUUGAGCCCAUGAUAAUACCAGACCUGGACAUUAAGCCUGUUUUGAUCCCACAUCACAAAGGGAGGAAGAGGCUUCAUCUCGAGUUGAAGGAGAGUCUCACCAGGAUGGGCUCUGACCUGAAGCACGGGUUUAUCAGCUCUCUGAGGACCGCCUGGCAGACGCUCAACGAUUUUGCUCGCGCCCACACGUCGUCUGCCCAGCUUCAGGCUGAGCUGGCCAUGGUGGCCAAUCAGAUCGAAGAACAGGAGAAGCAAGCGCAGGAGGAGGGCAAGAUCCCAGAGAGCCCUGAGCCAAUAAAAGAAGAGGAGCCUGAGGUGAAGGUCGGGAUGCUGAACGGAGGGAAUCGCAUCGACUACGUCCUGCAGGAGAAGCCCAUCGAGAGCUUCAACGAGUACCUGUUUGCCCUCCAGAGUCACCUCUGCUACUGGCAAUCUGAAGACACAGCUCUGCUUAUUCUCAAAGAGAUCUACAAGACCACGGGGAUCCAUCCAGAGCAGAUCGCACAUUAAUACAAUGAAGUACCGGAGAUGAAGAGAAAGCCUGUCUGAAACUUUACCAUUUGGUUUAUUUCAUGUCAGUUUUCCUGGAUUUUAAUUUUUCUAAUUUUUUUUUCUCUUUUAUUUUCUAUUCAUGUAGUUUAUUGUAUACAGAUGAAUAAUACAAUUGUAUUAUGCCAUUUGUCUUAAAUUAAGAAACGUACAAAUGAGCUUGUAGAUUCAGCAGACACUUGACAUGUUUGAUAUUACAUUUUUUUAUAGUAUAAAUUAUAGAACUGGUCAAGUUUACUCAAAAUAUGUGUCACCAAAGCAAAUGCUAACAGCAGAAAUGACUAUGACUUAGCAGCAGUUAAUGCAGCCUUCUGUAAGUUUUACUUUUAAUGGCCAAAAUUUAAAAAUAAAUCAUUUCCUUGCACAUUCUGUUUGAAUUGUUGUGUUCUGCUGAGAGGAAGACAUGUAACGUUUCUCCUGCAGGGUGAGGAGACUGUAUGACUAUCUACAAAAUGCUGUAAUAUUAGCAAAAACAUUGAUUAAAAAGAAUUACAGUACAGGAUGAGAUGCAAGAAUAACCUGCUGUCAUUGUGAGGAAAAUAAAGCACUUCUUGCCUGCUCU